AUGGGAACUCCAGUAACCAUUCAAAUCGCUGCUGCUUCAAAUUAUAAUGAAUAUGAGACACAAACAUCAAUUCGUCGUCAAGCUAAUGAACGUCGUGAUCAUGAAAGUGCUUUAUUGGUCAAUUAUGAUGGUUCAAUAGGUAGUCAACAUGCUAAAUAUGGUGGUAGUCAAUUGUUGGCAUUUUCUCGACCAAUCGAUGAAGAUUUAACUCAAGAAGAACAAUUACAAGUAUCAAAACAAACUGAUUAUGAAUCAAGUGAGCGUGUUGUUAUAAAUGUAUCUGGUUUAAAAUUUGAAACACAAUUACAAACAUUAAAUAAUUUUCCUCGUACACUUUUGGGUAAUCCAUCACGACGUGUUCGAUUUUUUGAUCCAUUACGUAAUGAAUAUUUUUUUGAUCGAAAUCGACCAAGUUUUGAUGCUAUUCUUUAUUAUUAUCAAUCAAAUGGUCGACUUAGACGACCAAAUCAUGUGCCCAUUGAUAUAUUUACUGAAGAAAUCAAAUUUUUUGAAUUAGGUGAAGAUGCAUUUAAUAAAUUUCGUGAAGAUGAAGGUUUUAUUAAAGAAGAUGAACGUAUAUUACCUAAAACAGAAUUUCAACGUAAAGUUUGGCUUCUAUUUGAAUAUCCUGAAACAUCACAAUGGGCACGUGUUAUUGCAAUUAUCUCUGUUACUGUUAUACUUAUGUCAAUUGUCAUAUUCUGUCUUGAAACACUUCCUAAAUUUAAACGUUAUCGUGUUCGACCAGCCGAUAAUACAUCUUAUGAUUCUUCCCGUUUAACAAUUGAAGAAGAUGAUAUUCCUGAAUUAACAGAACCAUUUUUUAUCAUUGAAACAUGUUGUAUAAUAUGGUUUUCAUUUGAAUUAAUUGUUCGUCUAUUAUCAUCUCCAAUGAAACUUGUCUUUCUUAAAUCUAUGAUGAAUAUUAUUGAUAUAGUUGCUAUUGUACCAUAUUUUAUAACAUUAUUUACAAUCUUAGCUGAAGAAAAAACAAAAUCAAAUCAAGCUAUGUCAUUAGCUAUACUACGAGUUAUACGUCUUGUUCGUGUUUUUCGUAUAUUUAAAUUAUCUCGACAUUCGAAAGGUUUACAAAUCUUAGGACAAACAUUACGUGCAAGUAUGCAAGAAUUAGCAUUAUUAAUAUUUUUUCUAUUUAUUGGUGUUAUAUUAUUUUCUUCGGCGGUCUAUUUUGCUGAACAAAGUGAACCGGAAUCAUUUUUUAAAUCUAUACCCGAUGCAUUUUGGUGGGCUAUGAUUACAAUGACAACGGUCGGUUACGGAGAUAUGCGUCCUGUUGGCAUAUUUGGUAAAAUAGUUGGUUCAAUGUGUGCUAUUGCUGGUGUAUUAACAAUAGCUUUACCAGUACCUGUUAUUGUAUCAAAUUUUAAUUAUUUUUAUCAUCGAGAUAUUGAUUCUGAAGAACAAAAAGAUAUUAAAUAUUCAACUAGUCCUGGUAAUUCAACUCCACCUGUUGGUGAUAUGAUUAAUAAUGAACAAUUUGCAUUAACAAUGUCAACAAGUGUUGGUGGUGGUACACAAAAGAAAAAAUCUGUUUCAUCAGCAGAUACUUAUCAUCAUUUAGAUGAAUCUGAUACAUUUCUUCAUUCAUAUUGUGCUGCUGAUGAUGUAACAUUUCGUUCACCAACUGCAAAUCAUAAAAGUAUAAGAACUUCACCGACACAACAAUUAGUGCAACGAAAAACAUCGUCAACAAAUAAUAAUACUAAUACUAAUAAUAAUAAUAAUAAUAUUAAUAAUAAUAAUAAUAAUAAUUUAAAUCCAUCGAAUGAGCCAUUAAAUGUUGAAACAGACGUAUAG